AUGACGGCACUCAGACUCCUGGGCCUGCUGGCCGGCCUGCUGGCGACCUCCAGGGCCGGCUCGGCACCCCUGGCGGACAUCGUGGGUGGCAGGAAGGCCCGGCCACAGGAGUUUCCAUUCCUGGCCUCCAUUCAGACCCAAGGGCGGCACUUCUGCGGGGGCGCCCUGAUCCAUCCCAGCUUCAUCCUGACAGCCGCCAGCUGCUUCCAAAGCCGCAACACCGGGAUUGCCACUGUGGUGCUGGGGGCCUACAAGCUGAGGCGGCGGGAGAGGUCCCGGCAGACGUUCUCCAUCAGGAGCAUCAGUGAGAAUGGCUAUGACCCCCAAGAGAACCUGAAUGAUGUGCUGCUGCUGCAGCUGGACCAUCAGGCCAACCUCACCAGCAGCGCCGUGGCAGUGGUACCACUGCCCCCACAGAAUGCCACGGUGGAAGCUGGCACCAACUGCCAGGUCGCAGGCUGGGGCACCCGACAGCAUACAAGGCGUCUCUCCCGAGUCCCAAGGGUCGUGAACGUCACUGUGACCCCGUCGGACCAGUGUCGCCCCAACAAUGUGUGCACCGGCGUCCUUACCCGCCGGGGCGGCAUCUGCCAGGGGGACGGGGGCACCCCCCUCAUCUGCAACGGCCUGGCGCACGGCGUGGCCUCCUGGUCCCGGGGGCCCUGCGGCAGGGGCCCCGACUUCUUCGCUCGCGUGGCACUCUUCAGGGACUGGAUUGACUCGGUUAUAAACCAGCCAGGCGGACGUGCGCCAGCCUGA